UUAGUGUGUGGUUUGAAGGUGUCUGCUAAAAUAGUUCACGAGAAUGGUUGUUCCAGUGGACGUUAACGAAAACGAAGAAUUGCAUGUGCAAUUAAGAAGGAAAUUUUUCGAAAGUUUAAGUACUUCUGGGAAUAAUGACGAUUAUGAAGAAGAGGAUCUUGAGCGAUUUAGGAAUGAUGAUCAUUAUUGCAAAAGAUUCAUCUUGCACAAAAAAGGUGAUCUUGAAGCAGCUUUAGAAAUGGUACACGAAUCUUUGAAAUGGAGGAAAUCUUUUGGAGUGAAAAAUGUUAACCAAGCUUCUAUACCUAUUGAAUUUUUCCAAGCCAAAGCAGUGUUCCCUUACAAUAAAGAUAAAGAAGGAAAUCCGAUAAUUAUGAUUCUUGUUAGGUUUCACAAAAAAGCUCCAGAAUUUGCAGAACUUUUGAGGAAAUUUGUCAUCUACUGGGUAGAGUUAAUGGAAGAACAAACAAGUGGUGGCCACAUGACAGUGAUUAUGAGUUGUGAAGGAGCUGGAUUAAGUAAUCUUGACUUAGAUCUUAUAAAGUUUCUCAUUACAUUGUUCAGAUCCUACUAUCCUGACAGUUUAGCUCACAUUCUCAUCUAUGAAUUUCCAUGGAUCUUGAAUCCUGCCUGGAAAAUAAUCAAAGCCUGGUUGCCUCAGGAUUUUGUGGAGAAAAUUAAAUUUGUAAACAAAACUUCCUUGCUGGAGUAUGUCACUACAGAUUGCUUGCCUGUUGACAUGGGUGGCACAGACACCAGAGAGUAUGAGCCUCCUACUGAAAAUGAUAUCAACAGCAAUGAAAUUUCACCAGAACCUAAAAGGGUACAUUUCUCACAUCGUGAAUCUACAGGAAGGCACAAAAGUAUUGCAAAUGGACAUGCUGGUGGUAUUUCCCGAGGUAGUGCUGGAGAAGUAGUUAUUACAGAUGACUACACGAUGAUUGGUGGGAUAAUGAAAAUUCAACCAGCUACAGAGCUUAAGUUUCUUCCUCCACGUGAAGCUGUGAGAGACGUUGUUAUUAAACUGUCUUGUGAAUCUGAUAAAGCUAUAUCUUAUAAGGUAAAAACCAAUAAUAUUGAAAGCUACCGUGUAAAGCCUUCAUUAGGAGUUAUAGAGCCUGGUAAAAGUAUUGAAAUCACUGUCAAUCUCCUUCCAGGAUUUCAUCCUCUACCUUCUGACAAAUUUUUGAUAAUGGCAAUGAAACUUGAUGAUUCUGCUCAAACUAUGGCCAAUUUGAAUUCAAUGUGGAAGGCAGCUUCUCCUGAUAAUGUUGCAGAUCAUAAAUUAAAAUGUGUUUUGAAGAAGGAUCAAUCUGAAGAUGAAGAAGUAGAUGUUGGCAAAUCUUUAAAAAACAUCAAUCUCAUUUUGGCAAACAUAGAAAAAAAAGUCCAAUCCUUGGACACAAAACAAGCUUCCAUCAGAUUGCAACAGAGAUUUCUGCUCGCCAUUGCUAUGUUUAUGAGUGCAUUACUUUUAUCUCAUAUUUUUAUGUCUGAAGAUUCACCACUAGUUGCACUUUUAUCGAAAUUGCUCUGAAUUUCUACUUAAAAAAUAUUUCUUGUAUUAGCAAUAUAUUUUAGCAGUAUUUUUCUUAAUAUUCGUAUUUGGGAUAACUUUUUCUGUUUUAUGUGGUUUUGUAUUGUGAUAUAUGUAUAUAUAUUGUUUCUAAGAAUUGUACAAAUUUCAUUUUAUAUUUGUUACGUUCUCUUUUAACUUGGAAUUCAGCUGUGCUGCUUUUCAUACUUAAGCUUAGCAGUUAUUUUCACUGUUCGUGUAUUUAUUCUUAAGAGCUCAUUUUGAUGUGAUUUUGUAUCAUUGAUGCUAUUUGACGUCACAUUGGUGCUAAUGGUGAUAGGCCUAAAUUGCUGUCUAUAUUGCAGCCAAACUUAAGUAACUUUUCCGUCUGUACAUAAUUUAAAGUUUGCUGUUUUGAGAUGUUCUGAAUUUUUUUACUCUGUACAUAGAUUUUCAGACAGAACUUGAGCCUUAAAUUAUUUACCUGCUUUUGGAUGGAGAUUUGUGAGUUAGAUGUAUUGUUCCUGAGUUUUAGAGUAUUUUAUAAUGUUUAUCAUGUUAAAUAAAUUUUAUAUGAAUUAUACAGAUUUUGUUUUUAUACAUGUAUUCGGAGAAACUGGUUUGUAGCAAUCUUAAAAGUAUACUGUUAAAUGAAGUUAUAUUGAUUUUUGAUAUCAUUAUUUACAAAGCAAAAUAAAAUUUUGA